CGCACCGCACAUAUGUAACUAGUCCAUCCCGACAGUGGGAACUGGACUUAUCAUGGAUAUUAACACAGCGGCAGUUUUUAUAGCCAUUGUGGCUGGAAGUUUUGCAGGUCCUGUGUCGCCUAUUUCCGGUGAUUCGUGUGCAAGACAGUGUACAGAAAGCAGCAAGUUUCUGUACCAGCCAGGGACAGUGUAUGAGUUUCGCUAUGAGGGUAAGACGUCUACUGGUAUACAUGGGGCGUCGGAGGACAAUGCCGGUUUGAAGAUAACUUCAAAUGUCUUAAUAGGAGUAAUCUCCAAGUGUGAAUUGACAUUAGAGCUUUCAAAUACAGUUUUAUAUGGAGCUGAUCCUGAUCGAUCAGUUCGACUUCGAAGGCACAGUGAUUCACGGGAAUUUAAAAGAGCAUUACAAAAUAGCCCGUUGCGGUUCUCCUUCCAAGACGGUAUCAUAGAUCAGCUGUGUCCCAGUGAUGAUGAACCGACAUGGGUCCUGAACAUCAAGCGAGGAAUCUUGUCUGCAUUUCAAAAUGGAAUGGAAUCUCUUGACAGCAACCAUGAGGUUUCUGAGACUGAUGUUACGGGAAAAUGCCCCACCACAUAUAAAAUGAUCCAAGACGGAUGGAAGACGAGGACAGUGAAGAAGACCAAGGAUAUAGAUGCGUGCACAGAACGCCAUGGCUUAGACAGUUCAGCUCACUCUAUGCUUUACAGAGUUCCAUCCAGCAUACAGAGUUUACCAUUGUUGAAAAGCACACACGAAUGUAGUCAGGAUUUUAAUGUUCAAGAGAAAAUUUUAAAGCGUAGCAUCUGUCAUGAGAUACAUUUGUUCCGCCCAUUUUCCAAAGAAGACAAUGGGGCUACAACAGAAGUAGUACAGAAACUAACAUUUGUGUCGAGUAGUAGUGGCACAGUAACACAAGCUGACAUCAGUAGGAAGGAGACCAUUUUAUUUGAGCACGAAGGUGGUGAGCGAGGAACCACAGUGAAUUACCAGUCAGCCUUGUCUAAACUCAGCGAGCUGUGUACCUCCACGCAGACAGACAUCCGUCCAGACACGCCCAGGGCAUUCUCUGAGCUAGUGUACGAGCUCAAAAAGCUUGACUCCUCCUCUCUUAACUCGGUGUUCCGACAAGUCAGUGACCCAACCUUCUGUCCUGACAACGCCGAGCGUGUCAAGAAGUUUUACCUGGAUGCCAUCCCAAUGGUAGGCACGGGAGCUGCAGUCAGUCAGAUCACGGAGAGAAUUAUGAACAACGACAUCUCAGCAAGUUUUGUAGAAAUGUGGCUAGCAUCUCUUUCGUUUGUCCAACAUCCAACUAAGGAAAUGCUUGCAGAAGUCAUGAGACUACUGGACAUGCCUAAUGGUGACAAGGUGAUCCUGCCCGUGUCUGCCCUGGUCCACAGCUACUGCAGAGACAACCCACAGUGUGGUGACGACAUGGAGGUGGAUGACAUCAUGAUCUGGUUGGAAAACAAAAUAGGUCGUAACUGUCAAUACACUGACAAUACUUACAUGCAGGUAUUGCUGUCCCUCAGAGCUGUGGGUAACGUUGGCCUGUCUCGGUCAAUCAUCCCCAAUCUCAACCAAUGUUCUGAGUCCGUCCAAGCUACGAUGGAGAUGAGGCUGGCAGCUGUGGAGGCGUUCAGAAGAUUCCCAUGCAGUACAGAUAGGAGUGGACUUAUGGCACUUUACAAGGACCGCAGUGAAGAUUCAGAGAUCAGGAUUGCAGCCUACCUUGAGGUGAUGAAGUGUGCCAGCUCAGAGGUCAUCUCUGAGGUCAAGGAGGUUCUUGCCUCUGAGGAAGUAAACCAGGUUGGCAGCUUUGUCUGGACACAUCUUACCAACCUGAUGGAAACAUCUGAUCCUACCAAACAAGACAUUCGGGCCAUCUUGGAAGACGAGGUGCUGCAAAAAGAGUUUGACAUGGACAGAAGGAAAUUCUCACGUAACUACGAAGCGUCUUAUUUCUCCGAGAGAUUCAACAUGGGUGGAUCAAUGGAGAGCAAUCUUAUCUGGUCACCCAAAUCCUUUGUUCCACGAUCAUUGAUGGCAAAUUUAACAGUGGACCUGUUUGGCCACUCCUACAACUUGCUAGAGGUUGGAGGCAGGGCUGAAGGUCUGGAACAUCUUCUGGAAGCCUACUUUGGUCCAUCUGGUCAUCUUCGUAAAAACAAAGCACCGUCUCCUGCCCCUGAAAUGCCAACUAACAAAGCAUUAAACAUGAACAAGCUUAACAGAAUGGGCAACACUUUGGACUCUGAUGAAGAACUCCAGGGUUCCAUGUACAUGCGUGUGUUUGGAAAUGAAGUGAAAUAUCUGAACCUAAACAAGAUGCAGGAUUCUGAUAGCAGCUUGAACAACUUUAAUUUUGACGCCUUUUUUGCCAAGCUGAUUCGUGACGGGUCCGUGUCCUACACAUACAGUAACAUGUUCCUAGACAGUUCUAUCAUCGUACCUACAAUGAUUGGUUUCCCCCUCAACCUAACGGUCAACGGCACGCUGACCACCGGUCUGAAAGGCACAGGACAGAUUGACCUGCGCAGGCCAAAGUCCCUCAUGUUGAUCAAUGGAAACUUGGAGCCAAGUGGAGCUGUUGCCAUCUCUGCAAUGAUGAGUGUAGAUGCCUUUAUCACCAAGGGUGGAAUGAAGAUGGUUUCCACCCUACACACAAGUACUUCCAUCAGAGGAAAACUGGAGCUCGCCAACAACAAAGACUUCACUUUGGAGCUGGAUUUCCCUCGCAAGAAGUCUGAGGUUAUCAACAUGGAGUCGUCAUUCUUCAUGGUGCAGGGUGACCAAGAGAAAGUGCAAAACAUGUUAGACAGCAAUGUUGUCAAAACCACAUUUUGUACUGGAAACACACUGGCCCGUGUGUCGGGCCUGAACACCUGUGUCCGGGCAAAAUUCCCAAACAUCUCCGACGAUGCCCCACUCUUUCCAUUCACUGGACCAGUCUCUGUCAAUGUAGAGACGACAAAUGAGGACCUUCCCAAUGGAUACAAGUUUCAGCUGAAGAGAACUUCUACUGAUGAGCAAACAAUGCUUAUGGUCUCGUAUGAUACACCGGGGUCUGUCAGGGACCGAGCUGUUGGCUUUAACAUUGACAUCAGACAUGUUGAUAGGACAAUGGAAAUGAACCUAGUGUCGCCAUGGAAGAAGGCUACAUUUACAGGUAACCUUGUGUACACGGAACCUUUGAAGAAAAUUGAAGGCGACUUGGUUGUGGAUACCACCAGGACAUAUGGUGCUGUCUUUGAACUUCAGCGACAGGAGAAGAAGAAAGUAAUUAAUUACACACCACGCAUUGUCAUCACAAUUCCAGGCAGAGAUGGCUUCAGCUUGACAGGAUCAGCAGUAUACGUGAAGCAGGCAUCCUUAACAGGAAAUGUGGUGUUAACAGGGGUUCACGCAGAACCCAUCCAUAUGAAUGGUGUCCUCGUCAGCACAGGGAGGCGUAAGAAGGUGGAAUGGAAUGUCCUAUUUGGAGACACCAAGACAUUUGCCGCACUCAUAGACGUACCCUUCACAGCAGUUGGAAACUCGGUAAAGCUUAGUCCAGUCAUAUUGGCCACAAUUCCCGGUCACAACGAGUACAACAGCACAGGAACUAUGGAAUACCGCAAGAACAAACUGAUGAAGGCAGACAUUACUGUAAACGGCUUCACAGAGGAUCCAGUCAUGUUUAACUCCAUUGUUAAAUUCUCAACUUCUGAAAAGGGUGUUAAAGUGAAAUUCAGUUAUGAGAGGAACAAGAACUAUGAGGGAGAGGCAAGGCUGAUGGUUAAACAAAUGAAAGCUAAAUCAACUCAAUACCUUGGACAAUUAACGCUGAAAACUCCAACCAAGUUCCUGGCACAGAUCAAGUCCCGACUGGUCCACAAAGUUGAUGCUUCAGCUAAAUUUGACAUUGUUGUGGAUAAAAUUCUGAAGGUUCCCAUCAAAAUAAAAGGUUUGGUUACAAAAACAACAAAGAAGCAGAUAAGAACAUUUUACAGAGUAUCGGUACGAUACACUGGUCCUAAGAAAAGUGACGUCAGGCUGAAAUUUGACGUAGACAAACGCCUAAAUGCUGUUUUUAUGAAUAUCAAACUUUCCUAUAACUUCCUGAAGCUGAUACAGGGAGCCAAGGACCAAUUAGACUUCAAUGGAAAAGUUGUCCGCUCGUUGAAGGCGGUGCAGUCAUACGAGCUAGCUACAAAUUUCAAAUCCAGUCGAUUUGGCAUUUACAACAACAAGAUGAACGUUAAGGGAUUGUACCGGCCAGGAAAACUCGCAGAGGCUGUCCUGGUUUUUGACCAUGGCAGGAAUUACCUCAACAAAGACAACAAGAGAAGGGUCUACUUCAACGCACAAACUAGCUAUAAGAUCCGAAACGCAAACAUAGCAGUGGCUUACUCUUUCAGCUGCCGUUAUCCUUGGCAGGCUUGGACCGUCGCCUUAGACGGUAACCAUUACCAUGAUCAAGAGAGUGUCAACUCCAGUAUGGCCAUAACACACAACAGCAAGGAGUUGUUUGAUGGGGCAGUAAUCUACAACGACGACAGCAAUAAAGGAAUUCCGAGCUACGCAGGGGAGAUAGCAAUAAAUGUUAAUGAUCGACCAAUAGCUGUAAAUGCCAGGGUGUCAGAAAUCAGACCUAUGGAAUAUGAGGGUACAAUCAGUGUUCAACAUGAAAAGAAAAAGGUGACAACUCUGUCUACCAUCUACAGGGCUCAGAGUCAGAGGGAAAAUUCCUACGAGGUGACAUCAACGUUGGAACUGUAUGAUGGAAAGCGGAUGGAGGUGUCAGCCAUCUACACCAACCCCUCUGACACGUCUCAUAGACUCAACACUGGUGUUCAAUGGUAUGACGGUACAUCCUUCACCAGCCAGGGGGCACUCAAUCUGGACAAAGAAAGUCCACUGGCUAGUCUGGCUUUUGCAUUUGGAUCCAACAACUAUGCCUUGUCUCUGAGCGGCGAGAACAAGCCGGGAUACAGACGUGUAGCCAGUGACGUUCAGUACCCAAGUAGGCACAUCGUCGUAGAGUUGGGAGCCGGCAUGAAGCAAAACAAAUAUAUGGUGCUUGGGGAUGUCCAGUGGGAUGCAGACAGCCAUGCUGAUAGUAGGGUCAAGGUUGAAGGAUCAUACAGAAAUGAAGGGGUGCAGAACUUUGAAACUGGUGUUCUAGUUCAGGUACCUGAUCAUCUAUAUUCUGCAUUCAUCCGUCAUUUGAGUACCACCAAAUACAACACCGCUAUAGAAUUUGCAUGGGCCCCAAAGAAAAAGAUUGGAGUAGAAAUUGAGUUUGAGGAUGGUAUUCGUAAAUACCGUAGAGAUAUCACAGCUAUGGCUGGAUUUACAACUCCAUUCGAAAAAUUUGAAGAGAUGAAGACCACAUGGUCUUACAACACAAACAAGAGACAAAUUUCCUCAUCGCUUGCCUUUAAAUACGCAAGAGACAAAACUCUGUCGCUAUCAGUCACUGCAAAGAAGCCAGUCACCAUUAACUCUGUAAACAUCAAGUUAAUCCUUGGAACUGCUCUUCCAAGAAUUGGUGAAGCUUCUCUGACCGUCUCCCACUUACUGUCUCAGGACAUGACCCAUCACACAGCUGAGAGUACAUUGGAGUGGGGAUCUGGACGCCGGGCAUACCUGGAAACAUCAUCUGACUACUCAUCAACUAGGAAAACAAGAUCCUAUAUUGGUAACUUUGGAUUUGUCUCCAACAUCCCGACAUGGGAGCUGGUCACACUUAACAUCACACAUAUGGAUGACUUCAGACAGUUUGACUCUAAGGCUGUCUAUAACAGGAACAAUGAAAUCUAUCACUACCACAUGAUUCAUGAUUUCACGAUCAGAGGUAGCCAGAUUCAGAACUCUGGUACUUUCAACAUAACAUCUCCAAAGGAUAGUCUGCAUUUCGUCUGGUCUCAUGAAAACACAGAUCGAAAUAUCGACAGCAGUGCUACAAUCUCCUGGAACAAUGGCCAGCGGUUCUCCACAUCUUUGUAUGGAGAUAUUCAGUACUCCCCUACAAUGAGGAUUACAGGACGCUUUGAUGCUGAAAUACCCUCAACACAAAUCAACCGUAUAAGAGCUAGGUUUGAACAUGCUGAUCGUCCAGGGAAGAUUAAUACAAGUGGUCACAUUCAUGCUGAUGGAGAGAACAUCAUUACGGCGCAAGCCAACUAUGUCCGCCAACUGGGCAGUGUUGAUUAUGAUAUGCAGGCUACAAGUGUGUACAUGUCACAUGAUUUUACCACCACUUUAAGGACCAGACAUGCAGUAAUGCCAUACACAGGACAGCUGGAAGUUGAAUGGGCUCCACAACAGACAAUUAACAUGGAAGGAAGCAUGAAUUUAAUCCCUGAUCUAAAGAAAUUUGAUGGCACUAUGACCUUGACCUCACCUUUCAAAUAUGCAAGACGUAUUGUUUUUGGAGCAUCUCACAAGUUGGAGGGCUUAGAGUGGGUAGCUGCCACUGAUGUUGAAUUUGCACCCCAGAGGAGCUUUACAUCUGAAGUGAGAUAUCGCAUGGAUGAACUUAUCAAGUUGGGUCGGUUUACUCUGACCACACCUCUUAGAGAGUUUUCAAGGGUAGACACUGGGGUACAGUUUAGUGGACAUCCCAUGGACUUUGCUGCUGUUGGAAAUCUUGAAGUCGCACCAUGGGUACCAAGACAUGAACUUGCUGUCAAUUGGCUGAUGAACAAGGAACAACUUAAGGGAGGCUUUGAUUUCAAAACCCCUGCAUACAGCUAUGCAAAUGCCCAAGUGACCAGUGGUCAGGUAGGAACGUCUAGGUCCAGUAAUAUGGCGUUUGAGUUCAUGGAUAUGAAGAGAAUGCAACCUCAGAGGAUGAAUCUGGUGUCGGAUUACACAGUGCAGGAUAAUGUCAUUGAUGGAACCAUCCAAUUUGUCUGUCCCUACACCCAACCUAUAAACAUUCAAUACACACAGACAGGAAACUUCCAUGACUUCAACCAGAGGUCUACCAUUAGGUACAGCGGAAGUAAACAAAUUGUUUCUAACUUGGAAUUUGGGGACACUCCUAACAUUUUUGGAAAGCUCACCUUGAAUACGCCAUACAGAGGAACAGAAAAUGUUGCAGUAGGGUUUGUCUAUGAUGGAACUGAAUGGCGUAAUUUUAAGACAAAGGCUGUCUAUGGAACGAAUGACAAGAAGAUUGAAGUGGAAGCCCGUCUAAAUGUUUUGGAUGCCCUCAGUGGAAAGGUUGCCAUCAAGAGUCCAUUCCCAGCUAUACAGAUAGCACAAGUAGCUUUCAGUCAUGAUUUCAACGGUGUUACACUUACUACCCAUGGAGACAUGAUCUACAAUGAAUAUGUUGUAGAAGGGGACUCAUCUCUUCGUCACGAUUCCACUGUUACCAUAGGAUCAUUUACUUUUAGGUCGCCCAUACCUCGUGCAGAAGAGCUCAGAUUUACCUUCAGCAAAGAUGGAACUCCAAAUAAAUUCAUGGUUCAUGGAGAGGCAUUUAGAAAUACGGAUCAAGUGGAAGUUGAUGUUAACUUUGAACAUAAUGAUAGGAGCACUUCUGGUACCAUUUCAGGCAGAACAAACUUAAACAAUAUUAAAGAUGUGACUGUGACAUUCAGUAGAGAAGGUGACCUGAGCGACUUCACUGUAGAAAACUCAAUGAGAUAUGGGGAGCACAAGGUGGAUUCCUUGGUAGGAUUCUCCCACAAUGAACAUGUAACAGCUGGAAGGAUGGUGAGCCGAGGCCUUAUUGAUAUGUUUAUAAGUGGUGAUGCUGAGGAAGCCACUGUGUCCUUUACAAGGAGAGGAUCGUUGUUGAAUUUCCAGAAUCAGGGAAUGGUGAUGAUUGGCCAAAGAAAGUAUGAAAGUCAAGUAACAUUAGCCCACAACCAAGAAGAAUCAUCAUUCAAAUGGAUCAUUCCCGUCCCUGUUGGAGACAGUAUUGAAGUAGCAACUUUGACAUUCAGUAGGGAAGGUCAACUCACUGAUAUGACAGUUCAAGGAAAGGUAGAAUAUGAUCAAAAGGAGGUGGCAGUGAGGUCAAGCUUUGCCCUGACGGAAGAUAAUGUAAACGGCAGAUUUAACCUGGAAAGCAGUUUCCCUGAUGUGAAACCCAUGAGGUUGACUUUCUCCAAGGAAGGUUCCCUUCCAUCAAAUUUUAGGACACAGGCUCUAUGUAUGUAUGAUCAGCAGACAAUAGAAUCUGAGGCUGCACUGUCGUUGGAUGCUACGUCUAUGACCAGCAAAUUUCUGUUAACCAGCAAUGCUCCAGGAAUCAAGGACAUCACAUUGACAUUGACAAGGCAGGGUACACUUGUAGAUGGCUUCCAGUCGGAAGUUAUUGUGUUAAUUGGGCAGGACAGCAUUGGAUCCAAACUGGAAUUCUCUCACUCUGAAUCAAGCACUACAGGAAAAUUUGAGGUAACCGGCAACAUUGCACCAAUUACAAUGUUAUCCUUCUCGAGAGAGGGAGAUUUGAUGGAUUUACAUUUGCAAACUAUGGGAAUGUAUCAGCAACAAAGUCUGCAGUCUGAUUUGAUUUUCCAACAUGGAGAUUCUGAAACAACAGGAUCAGUUAGCAUGACCAAUACAUUCUUACAGAGAAAAUCCAUGAAAGUUGUUUUUUACAAAACAGGAGGUUUAGAAAACUUGAAAGUUGGUGGACAACUGCUGUGUGAUGAUGAUAGCUUCGCUGCAACCCUUGGACUUUCCCAUGAUGAGACAACCACAACCGGUUUGUUGAAUACCACAUGUACAUUGGAGCAAGUGAAGGACCUGAGGGUUUCCUUCACCAGAGCAAGUAGUCGCCGAGUUGAGUCUAUUACAGGAGAAGCCACAUAUGGAACAUACUCCUAUACUGCAAAGUUGGAUAAGAAAACAACAGGAAAUGAUGUUGUCGUGACAGGAGCUAUUACCAACCCACACACAGAAGACAUCGCCUUCACCAUGGAUUACAAUAGCCGCAGAAAGGGAUUCACCUCUACGAUCACUGGAAACAUGGGGGCUGACAGCAGUGUCAGAUCCACAGCAGAGUUCACCCAUAAGGGCAACAUACUUACAUUUGUUGGGAACAACAUUGUCAUAAACAAAGGUGAAAAUUAUCUGACGGACAAAUAUACACUGAAUCAUAAAGGAGACCCCACAGAUUUCAAAACUAAUGCUGUCUAUGUUUAUAACGGUAAGACAUCUGAGGCAACUCUAACUGUGACGGCACCUUCCGUGGACAGUGCAUCUUUGAAAUUAGCUGCUACAUCAGAAAUACCAAUUAAAGGUUACAACGACUUACUAUUAACAUUUGGAAACACCAAGAGUGAGUCAACCCACAGAAGCACCCUUGACAUAAUCUAUGGCAGUGAGACCAUAUCUGUAACGUCUGCUGUCGACAUUGAAUCUGCUCAGAAAACAAUAAAUAUCGGGUUUACUUCCCCAUAUCAAGAUGCAGAAUCAGGAAGUUUAGAGGUUACCCACCAAGGAGAAAGCAUCAGUAACUUUCAAACCAUUGUUAUCCUUACUUCAUCAGGUUUGACGACACCAGUGCGGGCUGAAGUGAUGGUUAACUACAACGCAUUAAUGAAUAUUGAAGCCUCGACUAAGUUCAGUUAUGGGCCCAUGAAUAGGCAGGCAGACUUUAGGCUCCAGCAACAGGAUAUGGAGCUUACCAUUCGAGUCAAUCUCCAGUCUCGAGAAAAGACCCUCACCUUUGAAGCCAGCGGAAACCUUCAAGGUUUCGGAAAGCCACAUACAGAAACUGAUCAUGAGAAAAACAUGGAGCUUAAAGCAAAACUGUUAACUCCUUUUGAGGCUAUCCGAAAUGCUGAAUUCCAGUAUACUACUGCUCAAUUACUACACGAGGACAAAUCUAUGACAGAGAACAUUUUGGUGAAACACAACGAUUUAAUUUACUAUAAAAAAGAUGUAGCAACAGAAAUUCAGAAUGGCAUGGUGAAUACUUCUGGCUCAGAAUUCAGUGAUGCAUUGGGAUGGGGUUAUAAUUACAAACUGCUGUUCAAUAUUCCAUUAACAUCGCUUAAUUUUGAAAUGACAGCUAGUAAUGAUUUAACAUCACCAAACAGUAGCUAUCAGAUAUUGGGCAAUGCUGUCGUACAGAGGACUGGCGACACCCUGGAGUCUGUAGAGGCUGAACUACAGGGUAUCCACUUGUCCCGCACAGUUGCAGCAAGAGGAGGCUGGACCAAGAAGUUCCCUGUAUUGCCAAACCAAAUGGAGAUCAGCUGGGAUGAAAACAAGGGACAAAAAGCUGGAUAUAAUAUCAAGUGGGGAAAAGUCAACCGACUUGUCAAGGUAAUGUCACCGGUGAGGUCGGUGGAGCUGAGAGGCAGACUUGUCGAGAAACAACCAACUAAAGUGCGAGAGUAUCAAUUAUUCUGGGAUGCAGACAAGGACAGAUCCCAACAAGUCAGUGUAAGGUUGGAGACAGCACCAGACCAAAGGAGAACUGUCAGACUAGGACUCAACAUCCCUACAACUAAUGGCAUCAAGGAGUUUUCUGUGGUCAGUGAAUAUACCAGACAAGACAGCGGUCACUAUGACAGUAGAACAGAGUUAUCUUACUCCACGGACCCCUCCAAGACCAUUGUGCUGACCUCGAGUUAUGAUGACCUGUCUCAAGGAGAAAACAAAAACUGCAGCUUGACCAUUGGUCUAAGUCAUGCCCACUCUUACAUGGAUGUGUCAGCUACUGGUCACAUCGCAUCUGGUCCCCAAAAGGGGUCAGCUGGUAUAAGUCUGUCAGCCACUACUGCCCAGAGACAAACAAAGAACCUCUUCCUCAUGAGCGAAAUUGACAUGCUGCGCAAACAGAUGAGCAUUGUGGCGAUUGGUCCUUCCAAGUCUGUGGGACUGACCGGAGAAUUCAGUGACUCACCAUACAGUCUGACUAUCCGUAGCACACAUGAUGCAGAAAACUUGAUCGAUGCUGAAUUAUCCUAUGAUCAGCAGAACAAAGUCAUGAAUAUGCAGAUGAAAUAUGAUGCAGAACACCCCAACAAUGUGCUGCAUCUGAAGACCCAGUAUCCAAACAACUUGGACUUCACUGUGGAGGUGUAUCGUACCGGUGACUCCCCAAGGCAGUCCGACUCCCUUAUCAACCUACACCUUAAAAGCUCACGUCUGCUCCACACCAAAUUGCAGUGGAGGCCAGAAAUGGUGUCGGAUCUCAUGGGCUACACUGCUGACUCCCUUCAGAAGUAUGGAAAUGAGAUGAACACAAUGCUUUCUGAGACGUCCCAACAGUUGGGAGAUGAACUGGAAGACCGAUACAACUCUCUCAGCAAUGAGAUUGCAGUCGAACUGGAACCUGUAGCUCAACAGUAUGCUGAAGAGAUUGAGGGGAUACUUGUAGAAUUGCGCAAGAUCAAGCAGAAAUUGAACCAGAUGUACAUAAACAAUGAUCUUUAUCUCCGGGACAUGAACGAAAAAUUGGAAGGCAGUAUUAGUAAUUAUCUAGCUCAAUACAACCUGGCAGUUUCCUCCUUUGGUGGAACUGUGAGAACCACGAGACAGAGAAUAGCAGAAAUCACCAACGAAAUCCAGACAUUCCCCUUUGAGGAAAAGUACAAUGAAAAAGUCAACGAGAUGAUUGCUAGUUUGGAGGAGUACAGAAUGCAACUUGUAAACACGCUCAACAGUAAGCAGGAAGUCAUGGUGGCCAGGGUGACCGAGGCUCUCGAACAGUUGAGGAGAUAUCUGAUCAGAUUAACAGAUGAGUUCAGCCGGACAAUCUCGCAGACACUGGAUGAGAUGUCUCAACACCCUGAUGUGCAGAAAGCCAAGGGUCAACUGGAACAGAUUUUGACAUACAUUCCUGACUCACCCGACCUUCCAGACAUUGACUAUCAGGCAUAUGUGACCAAAGUUCGUAAGGUGAUCAAGUCAAAUCUCCGCAGCAUCAAAGUGGCCGAGCAAUAUGGCAACCUGGUUCAGGGGACCCAGAAUGCCAUCACUGGCGUCAGUGACCAGAUCAACGAGUUCCUGCAGGAUAAGGAUAUAACAAUGCUCAAACGCCUGAUGGAAGAACUUUACACCCAGCUCCCAUCUGUUGCUGAGAAUUGGCCUCUGGCAAUCAACAUUCGUGAAAUUGCCGACGACUUUUAUGACUCAAGCCGCGAAUUCAUCACUGAGGAUAUUGGAAAGCUGAAAUUCCUCAACUGGCAUAAGAACCGCUUCAUUGUUUUUGAUCCUGAGAAUGGACAUAUAGAAUUUGAAGUGUACCUACCAUCACCGACUGCUGCCCUAGACAGAAUUCCAAGAUUCAACGUCAAGAAAUAUGUUGUUCGUUUCAACAGAGCUUGGGAGAAAUAUGUGGUUCAGCUGCGUGACUUGUCGUUUUGGGAUGUCUACUACAAGUACAUGCCAUCCUAUAACCCCAGAGAUUGGAUACCACCAUUCAAAGCAUACGCAAUGAUUGCUGGAAAUCGUCAUUACAUAACCUUCGACAACAAGAAAUAUGACUUUGCUGGAAUGUGCAGUUAUGUUCUGGCACAUGAUUUCCAUGACAAAAACUUCACUGUGGUUGUCAAUUUCAACCGCAACAGACAAACACCUGCAAUCCGUUCACUGUCAGUGAUGGCUGGAGGGAAGACUGUAGAAAUAUUCAACACUGGCAUCCAUGUUGAUGGUCGACCUUCUGAGCUGCCAUUCAUCCAUGAAGAGUUGUCUGUGGAGCGCGACGGAAACCAUGUGAAGCUGGAUACCGGCAGAGGCCUAGAAAUCAUAGGUGAUGUGGAACACGAGCACUUUGUUGUGGGCAUCAGUGGAUGGUACUUUGGUAAGGUGGCAGGUCUGCUGGGUACCUAUGACAACGAACACUUUGAUGAUAUGUUGGAGAGUGACGGUACCAUCACGGACGAUGUUGAUGCUUUCAGCCAAUCAUGGCAGGUCAACAAACGGUGUCGAGUGCCUGGCAACAUCAUUGAUCAGGAAACAUUUGACGAACAAUCCACAGGAUACAGUAAAUGUGCUGCUCUCUUCAAGGAAUCCAGUUCUCCUCUGCGACCUUGCUUCAAACAGGUUGUCACAGAGUAUUACAUGCACAUGUGUCUGUCCGGUGUCCAGAGAGGCGAGCUGGUGUGUGAUGUAGCAUCACUGUACGUGAAGGCCUGUCAAACACGAGGUGUCAGAAUGUGGCUACCACAACAGUGCAUCCAGUGCGAGACCCCAACCUCCGAUCAAUACCAUGCAGGGGAGACAAUCAAAAUGUACCCAGCCAGUGACGACUACCAGGUUCCUCAGUCAGCAGAUAUUGUCUUCGUUGUGGAAAGUCGGCAGUGUAAUAGUGAAGCCACACAAAACCUUGGCAGCCUUGUGUACAAGAUUGAACAGGGCCUUACCCAAUCAGGAAUUGCUGGAAAUAGAUAUGGGUUGAUCAGCUACGGUCAGAGGGGAGCCAGCAGUCACACAAUCGAGGGUGUGUUCUUUAACGAUGCCACCAAAUUCACCAAGGGCAUUGAGACAUUGACAAACAACAACGAAUCAGCCGACUCUCAUGAGGCUAUCCUGACUGCCACCAACUACCCAUUCAGGACGGGCGUGUCCAAGACCAUUGUCCUGGUACAGUGUGAUGAAUGUCCAGAGGUCAGCUCCGCUGCACAUGACCACCUACAGCACAUCCUCCGCACAAGGGACAUAACUCUACACAUCCUACGUGACCAGGAAUUUAGAUUAGACAACAACCGUAUUCCUAAACACAAGAUCCUUGGAGUGGACAACUCCAUGAAAUAUAUGCUGGACCAGAGCCAUGCUGAUCUAUAUGAUGACAUGGCCCUCCCCUCCGACAGCUGCUCAACUCUCUCCCUGGACUCCAACGGCACAAUCUUUGAUUCCACCGGAUUUGUCGGUCGACGGCUGAAGGACAGGAGGAGAUUUUCGGAGAUCAUUGUUGACCGUGUCGCAGCCACUGCUGUGCCUCACGAGUGUCAAGUGUGCCGAUGUGUGUCAGACCACACUGGGGCUGCCAUGUCUGUCUGCAGGAAGUGCUCCAACAGCUUUUUUGAUUAUCUGCCUCCGAUGUGGAGCAACCUUAAACACCCUCAAACUCUCAGGGAUGAAUUUGAGGAACAGUUAAAGGACUACCUAGGAGAUGGUAUGAGUGUUUUCUCCAGAUAGAUAGUCCUUUCAUCAAUCAUGUCUUUCACUUCUCAUCAUCAGAAAUUCCACCGAGUUGUUUCACCAACUCAAGCUAAUGCCAGUAUCAAUGCAUCAUCCGAGUGAUUUCCAUGUGCAUCACAUUCUUAUUUUUUCUUUUUUAAAGUUCUAAUUUUAUACCGUUAUUAUUAUAAGUGAUUUCUUAUGCAAGUAAUAUUAUAUAAAGUACUAAUGAUAUGUUAAUGUUGCAUCACAUUACAAUUUGUUUUGUACAAUGUAUUAUCCACGUUUGCCAAAAAAUGCUAUAUGCGAUGGUGACAUUACAACUUUCAUAUAAGUUUUAACACAGAGAAUUAUCAGAGUCAACUUGAUUUCAUUGUUGUAAUAAGUAUGUGUAAAGAAUAUUAUCAACUUGCUUUUGGAGGACUUUAUAUCUAAAGACCUUGAGAAAUAUCUUAAUUGUUUGUGAAAUGUACAACUUCAGUCUUUUUUUUAUCAAUUUCGAGUCCUUCUUUAACACUUUUCACAUAAGAAGAACGGAUAGAAAAGGACAUAAUGUACCCAAGGCGGACAUUUCCUUGAUAUAUAAAUGUCUUUAUUUGCUAACAUAAUUACUCAGCCAAGUUGACCAAACAUGAAAUCCAUGACUUGUUAUCAAACUCUGUAAAGUCAGUUCAUAAUGAUUGUAUCAAUUCAAGAAUAAAAUAUUGUAAAUA